UAUCGCGUUAGUCUUUUUCUUCCCCUCCUCUCCAGGCCAGGGUUUUCCUUUCGCUUCCUUUUCCUCUCCUUUUAUCAUCAGGGUUUUUAGCUUGAAAGAAGAAAAAAAAUGGAGUCCAUUGCUAAACCCCUUAAUCUCUCUCUCAACCCCCACCGUCCAUCAUUUCCAAACCCCAUCGUUUCGCUCUCCUUCAAAACCCCACCUCCCUCAUCAUCACCCUUCAAACUCUCCACCUCAAUUAGAGCCUCAUCCUCCUCCCGCAUCACCCCAUUCAAUCAAUCCCUCACCACCAUCAUCAAAACGACUUCCAUCACUCUCACCGCCGCUGCCGUAUUAUUCUUCACGCGCUUCAACUCCAAACCCGCAAUCGCCUCCCCGGUCGCCGCGUCUUCAUCCACUGCAGACCCCACAAAAGAAUCAUCCAAAGAAAAUGUUUCGUUUGAAGAACAAGAAAGAGCUCUUCAAGAUCAUCUGGCCCAAAACCCCAGUGAUGUCGAAGCUUUACGGUCUCUCAUGGAGGUGAGGAUCAAAUCAAAGAAACUUCAAGAGGCAAUUGAAGUUGUUGACCGAUUAAUCGAGCUGGAACCAAAUGAAGAUGAAUGGCCAUUGUUGAAAUCGCAAAUUUACACUUACAGUGGAGAUUUUGAGUCUGCUAAAGAUGGGUUUGAAGCAGUUUUGCAAAACGACCCACUUCGGGUCGAGGCUUAUCAUGGUCUUGUAAUGGCGAAUUCGGAAUCCGGUGGUUCGUUGGAAGUCGUGUUGAAAAGAAUUGAGAGUGCAAUGAAUAAAUGUAAGAAAGAAAAGAAGAACUCGGAUUUGAGGGAUUUUAAGUUAUUGAUUGCGCAAGUUAGAGUAAUGGAGGAGAAGUAUUUUGAUGCGUUGAAGGUUUAUGAGGAGUUGGUGAAAGAGGAACCGAGGGAUUUUAGGCCGUAUUUGUGUCAAGGGAUGAUUUAUACUUUAUUGAGGAAGAAAGAUGAAGCAGAAAAGAAGUUUGAGCAGUUUAAAAAGCUUGUUCCGAGGAAUCAUCCUUAUAGGGAGUAUUUGGUUGAAAGUAUGUUUGCUACUAACUUCUUUUCGGAGAAGGUAGAGAGAUAGAGGAGUUGAGGGGUGUGGCAGAAUGCAUUGAGGUUAAGGGUAAUAACAAGGUUGCAACUUUUUCCUUUUUUCUUGUGUUGUUAUUUUGAUUUUCGUUUUCGUUUCGAUAAAUGCCUUGGAUAGAAGUUAGUUAGUGGUUUAAUUUCCAUGCUGGUUAGAGGAAGUGUUCGUGAAGGACUAUCAGUCUCUCUAUUUUUCUAGUUAGAAAUGAAAACGGUAAUGGAUGUGCUAGUUA